CGGACUGGAGGCAGUCAGUGUCCAAUGAGCUCCUGGCGUUUGUUAUUGUACCGAAGCCGCGCUCGACGCUGGAAUUGAACGAGCGACACACCGCACGGAUAGUUGAUUAGUUCCUUUUUUAUGCUUAAUCCCGCUCGAUUUCAGUAUGCCGUACGCCAACCAGCCCACGGUGAAAAUUACGGAACUGUCGGACGAGAAUGUGAAGUUCGUGAUCGAGAACACGGAUCUCGCGGUUGCAAACUCUAUUCGGCGUGUGUUUAUGUCAGAAGUUCCAACCAUUGCUAUCGAUUGGGUUCAGAUCGAUGCCAACUCCUCUGUGCUCCAUGAUGAGUUUGUUGCUCAUAGAGUGGGAUUAAUUCCGCUCACAAGUGAUGACAUCGUUGACAAGAUGCAGUACUCAAGAGACUGCACGUGUGACGAUUUCUGCCCCGAGUGUUCGGUUGAGUUGACGCUGGACGUGAGAUGCACUGAAGAACAGACGCGUCACGUGACCUCACGAGAUCUUCUGUCUAAUAAUCCGCGAGUCAUUCCUGUAACGUCCAGAAGUCGAGACAAUGAUCCAAAUGACUACGUAGAGCAGGAUGACAUCCUGCUGGUAAAGCUGAGGAAGGGUCAAGAGCUGCGGCUCAGAGCUUACGCUAAAAAAGGCUUCGGCAAGGAACACGCCAAGUGGAAUCCCACUGCAGGGGUGGCGUUCGAGUAUGACCCAGACAAUGCGCUGAGACACACCGUCUACCCUAUUCCACAAGAAUGGCCUAAAAGUGAAUAUUCAGAGAUUGAAGAGGAUGGGGUUCAAGCUCAAUAUGAUCCUAAUGGCAAACCAGAAAGGUUCUAUUACAACGUAGAGUCCUGCGGUUCACUUCGACCGGAGACCAUCGUCAUGUCUGCUUUCGCUGUGCUCAAGAAGAAACUAAGUGAUUUACAGACACAACUUAGUCAUGAGAUUCAAAGCGAUGUGCUUACCAUUAAUUAAAUUGCUUUUUUUUGGGUAUAUAAAGUUUUUUCAGCUGUUGUUCGUUUGCAUCAAAUUGGUGUAGAAUUCUAUACAUAAUAAACACACAAAUGCAUUGCGUUAUGUUAAUGACUUGCACAAUAUGGAAAAAAAUACGGUGUAUGAACACUAGAGGGCAGGCUUUGUGUUGAAAAAAAAUAUGAUUCUGUUCAUUUAUAUAUGAUUGAAACAUGAAAAGACUGCGUAAUAUGGUCGUGACAGAGCAUUUAUAACAGCAUGCUGAUAAUGGGAACAUUUUAUUUCAAGCAAAAAAAUAAAAUAAAAAAAAGAAUAAAACAAGUCCUGAUAAUGGAUGUAAGAAAUUCACAGAAACCCUCCCGAGACAAUGUAAACAAAACGCAUGGAAAUAAACGAGCGACAUGAGUUAGACAA